AUGGCUUCUCCUAACAAUAUGCAGCCAUUAGCCUUGAGUAACUCUGAAAAAGAGCCUCUCAGAAACAGCACCUUAAAUACUGACGACGACGACGACGAGAUGCCUGCCAUUACCAAUGCCAUGUAUAUUGCCGAACUCAAGCAGCAAAUUGCCGAACUCAAGCAGCAAAUUGUCGAUCUCCAGCAGCGAAUUGUCGAUCUCCAGCAGCGAAAUGUCAAUCUCGAGCAGCGAAAUGUCAAUCAGAUGUCUUUUGCACUUGUAUUGGUUUUCUUCGCGUUGAUGUUUUGCGUGCUGGGUGCAAAGACAUAAUACUCCGUCUCAAUUCGAUCAGCGGUUCGUUAAUUGCACAGGUAUGCGACUUGCAUACACAUACAAUGAUACGACUUUACGACGUUUACGAUACACAACGAAGGUUCAGGAUACGAAUGUAUGGAUAGCACUGGAUUCAUGGUGGACGGAGAGUUUGCUCUUUUGGAUACCCAAAUAUGGAGUUAUGGUUGGCGCAUGGAGUAUUUUUCACUAUUUCAAGACUUGUGAUCUGGAGUUAUGAGUGGUUGGUGAGGGUUUCUUGAUACCCAUAGGUCAAUAUAGAUGUCAGGGGUCUCUGGGGUUUCAAAAGACACACGAAGGCCCUCGAUCUUGGGAUUGCCCAUAGCUUACCAAAUCCACAUACAUACAUAUACAG